UCUAAUUCCAAUUUCCAACCCAUGGAGUUGGCCAAUUUUUGUAUAGGCUAAAUUGAGUCGACUUAGUUUUGUAACGUGAGUUUAUUACUGUAAAAAAUUCCCCCGCGACCGAGUUAAACAUGUGUUGAAGUUGGUGCUUUAGAGUUUAGACCAUGGCAAAAGUCCAUUAUUAUUAAGAGAAUAAGAGAGACACCACGACUGAAGCAAUUCACAAACUUGAGCACACUAGAGAGAGAGACAUCGAGAGAAAUGGAAGAAGGGUUGUUAAUGAAGAAAGAAGAAAAAGGAAGAAAUGAUAUAAAAAGAGAAGUAGGAUGGAGAGAGAUAAUAGCGGAGAUGAGUUGGGUAGCAGGUCCGAUGGUGGCAGUACUAGUCUCACAGUACUUAUUGCAAGUCGUAACCUUGAUGAUGGUCGGACACCUCGGCGCUCUUUACCUCUCUAGUACUGCUCUUGCUGUUUCUCUUGCUGCUGCCACCGGCUUUAGCGUCUUGUUAGGGAUGGCAAGCGCAUUAGAGACUAUAAGUGGGCAAUCCUAUGGAGCGCAGCAGUACUCGAAAUUGGGAACUCAAACAUACACUGCUAUUUUCUCUCUCACUUUAUUCAGCAUUCCACUCUGUAUCCUAUGGAUAUAUAUGGGGGACAUUCUCGUUUUCAUAGGCCAAGAUCCUUGUAUUUCACAUGAAACUGGUAAAUUCAUGAUAUAUCUUGUGCCCACACUUAUUUCUUAUGCAGUGUUUCAGCCCUUGAUUCGAUAUUUCCAAUCCCAAACUUUAAUCAUGCCCAUGUUAGUAAGUUCAUGUGCUACUCUUUGCCUGCAUAUACCCAUCUGUUGGGCUUUGGUAUUCAAGUCUGGCCUAAAUAACCUAGGUGGUGCUGUUGCCAUGGGUAUAUCAAAUUGGUUGAAUGCCAUUUUUCUUGCAUUGUACAUGAUGUUCUCUUCCUCGUGUCAACCUACUCGUUCUCCACUCUCUAUGGAAAUGUUCUAUGGAGUUGCAGAGUUUUCCCGCUUUGCUAUUCCUUCUGCUGCAAUGGUUUGCUUAGAGUGGUGGUCAUUUGAGCUGGUGAUAUUAUUAUCGGGAUUUCUUCCAAAUCCAGAACUCGAGACUUCUGUUCUCUCUGUGUGCUUGACAACAAUGCAAACAUUGUUUGAAAUACCUUACGGAAUUUCAGCAGCUGCAAGCACGAAGAUUGCCAAUGAACUUGGGUCUGGAAACCCACAGGCAGCGCGCAUAGCAGCCCGUGGAGUUAUGGUAAUGGGGGUUGCAAAUGGUCUGGUUGUUAGUUCAAUCCUUUUUGCUGUUCGGAGAGUAUUCGGCUAUUGUUUCAGUAAAGACAAGGAAGUUGUAGAUUAUGUCACCACUAUGGCACCCUUGAUUUGUGUUAUUGUUAUACUUGACAGCACACAGGCAGUUCUUUCAGGGAUAGCUAGAGGGUGUGGUUGGCAACAUAUAGGAACUUACGUGAAUUUUGGUGCGUACUACCUUGUUGGAAUUCCAGUUGCGGUUGCAUUAGGCUUCUGGAUGCGAAUGAGAGGUCGGGGCCUUUGGAUGGGAGUUAUGGUCGGUGUUUUGAUGCAGUCAGUGAUUUUGUGUAUUAUAACGUGUUUUACCAACUGGGAAGAAGAGGUGAGGAAAGCUAGAAAGAGAGUAGCCGAAGAAAGUAGCAGAGUUAGCAAUGGAGUAUAUGAAAGAAACCACGCUGGUCCUAUAUUAAAAUGACUAAUGGACAAGAUUGUGUUUAUUGCUCUCUGGAUAUGAUGUUAAUUUUGAGCUCUUGAGCUGAGGUGUAAUACAUUUAUAAGGACACAUAUGCGACCCAGUGGGAGAUUGUUAGUAAAUACAAUUAUGGGGCCUCAUACGUAAACAAUAAAAUGUGUUAAUCCAUAUAGAUAAGCCAAAUUUAUAAUGGUCUAUUUACGAUUUACGGUCGGACUUGGCUAAGAGGCAUAAUUGUCAUGAAAAUUAAUGUUAUAUAUAUAUAUAUACUAUAGUACUAUCUUUAAUGAGAUGACAGGUCAAAUUAGAUAGUACAUUUUAGUUCAUUAUGGAAACGGUUAUGGCCCCCGAUGCAUGUUUUCAUUAGUGUAUGUUAUUAAAAGAAAACUGAAAAGUCGGAAGAGUAAGAGGAGUAUUAAAGAUAUAGUCUCCUCAUGUUCUUUUCGGUUACAUUUUGGGUCUUUUAUAUCCCAUCAAUGGAGAGCCAAAUGAUCAUCACACUAAACCAAGAAAACAUAGCAACGGAAGGCUUAAUCGUAUCCAACGCUCGAUCCCUCUUCACUCAUGGCUGCUAUGGAAGCUCAAGGUAUGUAAUUCAAUCAGCUCAAGGUAUGUAAUUCAAAUUGAUUGUUCUUUCAAUGGGUUUACAUGGAUAUGAUCUUUGAUGAAUCAGAAUUCAGUUUUUUUAUUUCUUACAAUGGUCGGAUCACAAGAAAACAACAAAAAAUUCCACUUUGACAUGAGCAAACAAUAGCAAUAAUACAAGUUUCAGGUUCACCAAUUAUUAAGGAAUAUCAAUUGUGCCGUAAAGCUACAAAAAUUAUACCAAAAAUAAUAUCAUAUAUCCGAAAACCAUAUUCAACAUAUAGUACGUCUCACGAUUGUGCAGACGAUGAUGAACAAGAUGAUUACAGAGUAAUAUCGAUCUAAUUAAACUAACAAUAAAAAUAAAAAUAAGAAUGAAUUGAAUUGAAUUGAAUUGAAUUGAAUGAAGUUUAGCAGAUGAAGAGCGAUCAACAACGUCGGUUUUGAUGAUUCUCCUCUUCCAAAGCCCACAAUGAAACGUUGUCCCUUAAACACUGCAUGAUGAUACUGCACUCUCUAGGGUAAUUACUUUUUUUAAUCAACUCCAACGUAGCCUCAUCAUAAGUUUCCUUAGCAAAGGUACACGCCCUGGAGGUACCAAAAGAUACGGGUUAAUAACGGUAAAGAUAAUUAUCAAACUAAGAGAAUGUUGUAAUAGAUAUCCCGUACGUAAGUGUGUAUUUAUGUACAAGUUAAGUACGUACCUUUUACAAGAAUUCAUAAUAUCAUACUAGAAGACGGACAAAUUCAAUGCUAAGCCCAAGCGUGCCGGGUGAGCAACCGACAAAUUAGCCACUGCUAUGGUCGUUCCUUCCUGCAACAACAACCAAUUUUGGUUACACAAACUUUUCAGAAAGGUCGAUCUACAAUAAUAUAUUGUGUGGCGGUCUAAAAGAGGAAGAUUAUCCGCACCUGUUCUGUUCUUUUAGUUACCCUUAUUGAUGUUGUAAGUUUUCUUUAUUUUAGUUAUAAGUUACCUUAUUUUCAAGGCUAUUAGCUUAAAUGGUAGAGCUUGUACAUGGUAUGGGGUCAAACUCCACGUAGCCUACUACAUAUAUUACACUUGUGUAUUGGUGUAUAUUUUCAUUUUUGGUGUUGUAUUGGUCAUAAUUAUAACUUGUAACAAGCAUAUCACUUUUGAUUAAGGUCACGUACGUAAUUGUU